AUGGAGACCAUACGCUCGACGACCCUCCAAUACAGAUGCUUCGUGGAGGAAACAGUGAAUGAGACGAUGCGAAGGAUGAUGGAGAAGUUGGAUUCUAACGGUGAUGGGCGUGUCCAAAUGGAGGAUUUUAAGAAUCAUGCAAGCGCAGCUCUAAACAGGAUUAGGGAUCACACCCCAACUCCAACGGAGAUCGGCGUGGCUCUCUCUCACUUCACCUGGGCGGAGAUGAUCUGGCGGUACUUCCUUCUACAACUGACAUUUUUGGUUGCGCUUUUUGUGAUUGAAAAUAUACGAGAUCUCGUUUUUAGUGGCCCUAGGAGACUUCUUCUCGAUGACUCUUACCUAACAAAUAACCCACCCGAGGUUGGUCCCGAAAUCGCCUUGACAUACGAUACGCCUUGGACGUUAUAUGAGCGAACGAAGGUUGUGUUCUUCGUCGUUACAGGCCUUCUGUUCCUGCGCAUUUUCUGUUUUUUUUUCUGCGCGGUAACUUCUAUGUACCUAAUUAGUUUAACCGGGUUAAAUGGGCGAAACCGCCGCGACAACCCUUAUUGGUUUGCAAUAUGGAGCAAUAUUGCCUGCGUCUUUGCUCAUAUUGGCGCAGCAGCGGCGGGUAUCUAUCAUGUCAAACUCUUUGGAAGAGUCGCUGAUGGAUCGGAGUGCAAGAUCUUGAUUGGUAACCACUCCUGUAUCAUGGAGGUGACUAUCCUCUGCAUUAUAGGGAACUUCCCAUCCUUUGUCACGCGGAAAGAGAACGCUGAGAAGGUACCCUGCUUCGCUGAUGUCGUACGGGUAAUGGAUGCCGUUACAGUAGAUCGUGGCGCUUCCGAGUCCCGCAAGUAUACCGCCGAUGCGAUUAGGAAGCGCGCUAAGAAUAGAAACCCCAAGGCCCCACAAAUUAUGAUAUUCCCUGAGGGAACCACAGCAAAUCAGCGGGCUCUGUUCAUGUUCAGGAAAGGGGCGAUGGAGCCAGGCGAGCCUAUACAGAUGAUCUGUGUGAGCAUCCCAUAUAAGCAUUUCAACCCGUGUUGGACAGGCCGCGCGUGCGGUGGCAACAAUAUCAGUGAUCUUUUGUUGCGGCUCUGCUCUCAGUUUGUGACGCAUGUGGAGGUGCGUGCUUUGCCCGUGUACACUCCAACAGACGACGAGAGAAACGAUGCCGCUUUGUAUGCAAAACGCUGCCAGCAGAUGAUGGCCACCGUCCUUCAGUGUUGCACCAGCUCUUGCACGUAUCGUGAUUACGAGAGAAUUCAAAGAAAAAAAGACCGGGUAAGUGCGCAUUCGACGGAGUAG